AUGGCAACCACAGCUAGAGAAAAUACAACUAAUGAAACGGCAACUACGACUACAGGAAUGCUACAGGAAUGGCAACUACAGCUACAGGAACAGCAACUACGGCUACAGGAAUGGCAACCACAGCUACAGAAAUGAGUACAGGAAUGGCAACUAUGGCUACAGGAAUGGCAACUACAGCUACAGGAACGGCAACUAUGGCUACAGGAAUGGCAACUAUGGCUACAGGAAAGGCAACUAUAG